CCUCCCCAUGAGAACACGCCUCUCGCAAAGGAUCUCCUUCAUCCCUCUCCAGAAGAGGAGCAGAGGAAACACAAGAAAAAGCACCUGGUGCAAAGCCCCGAUUCCUACUUUAUGGAUGUGAAAUGCCCAGGAUGCUAUAAAAUCACCACGGUCUUUAGCCACGCACAAACGGUAGUCGCGUGUGUUGGCUGCUCCACUGUGCUCUGUCAGCCUACAGGUGGAAAGACCAGGCUGACAGAGGGACGCUCCUUCAGGAGGAAGCAGCGCUGAAAGCCCCCGAGACAAGAUGAGUGGGAACCUUCCCAGCAAACACAUUUUGGAUAUAUAACCCCCCCCCAAAAAAAGACAAUUACAUGAAUAUUGGCUAAGAGAGAGUAAAAGACUAAAGAUUCCUUUCAGCUGGCUGUCCUGUUGUUAUCCGAGAGAUGAUAUUUAGAGACUGAGGUAAAUGAGGUUUAUGACCACCGCCUGGCACCAGUCUGAUUCUCAGGAAAGUUUAUUUCCUGUCUUGCUUUCUGUUCUGAACUUUAUGUAAACGGUUAAACUUUUUCUUGGUUAUUGUUUGAGUGUACCCUGGUAAGGGGCCAAAAAAUUAGCUCCUGUUCAAGCAUCGUUUAUAACCACAAAGCAGAUUUCAGUAAAAUCGCAGCAGAUUCAAACCACCCUGAGUGUGUUGUGUCUGU